CCCUGAAAAUUUUCUUCGGUGCAGCGCUUGCACCAAAUACGAACGCAUCUCUCCUCAUCGCAUAUCGCUGUUUUCGUGCGCGCGCUCUCUCUCUCUCUCUCUAGCAUUUCUUCGAACACCUCUGCUACACUAUUCUUCCAUCUCUCUCUGUGGGGUUACAAUGGCGGAUUUCUCGGCGCCCUCAUUCUCCCUCGGGCUCGACCUCGACAUCGACGCCUUGGAAGAAGGAGAGGAAGAAGACGAUGACGACGAUGAGCGACAAGAAGAACCACAAACGGUGGUGGAACCUCCGAAGUUCGAGCUCUUCGGAGACCAAGACGAGGGCGAGGUCGACCCGUCUAAAACCCUAGACCAUAACCCUAAUCUAGACCCCCCGCCCCUUCUCAAGCGAUUGAGGAGGGGCCCUCCUUCUUCGCCUCCUCGGCCUCCGUCGCCGAAGUCGAAUACUCCCACGGAUUAUGGCGGUGGCGGCGGAGGGAAUCAUGCGUCCGAGGUAUUUUCGUGCCUCGAUGAUGAGAUCGAAGAGUUCUCUUCUCAAGAAGAUCGCCCCCACCGAGAUGGGUGUUUACCGUUUGAAAGCCACAACAUUUUGAGCAGUUCAAAAAUCUCACUGAUAAAAAAUAAGGUAAUUCUAACCAGCCAAUCAACCAGUAAAUUGUCGGCCCCAAAAACAUUGCCUACUCCCGGUACCUCAAAUUCAGCAGUUUUAGAGGAAAGCAGCAAAACGAAGUUGCUUCCAAGAUUGACCAUUAGCCCUGUAAGAAAAAUCCAUUUAGUGGAUUCAGAUUCAGAUUCAGACGAUCCUUUUAGCAAGGAGGGACUUGAGAAUAGUAAAGAACUUAGUCCUACUGCCAAAAGGAAACUUCCUACUUGGAGAAACGGGAAUAAUCAGAAGGAAACAGAGUUACUGCCUAACAAACAGGAUUGCACUAAAAAGAAUGCAAGUUUGGCCACACCUGCUUUGGAUGAGUUCUGUGAGGAGUAUUAUAAUUCUGUGAAAGAUGCAAAAGCAGCUCGAAGUAAGGAUGAAAGCAUAACCUUGUGCGCUUCUAGGGUUUCUGAUCCAAAUGAUUUCUUCACUGAUUUUGAAGGCCGUUACCAGCAGAAAGGCAAAAGCAGAGGUUCUUUUAAAAAUCAGAGCCCUUCCGAUCCUCAGCCUCCUGCUUAUAAAUAUUUCUAUCAUGAAGAUCCAAAGGUUCAGCAAUUAGUUCGGGAAAGGUUGCUUCACUUUCUUCCUCUAAAUGCAGAAAAUGAUGGAGGAAAGGAGCAGUAUGAAGCAGAAAAUCUUAACUACAUGAGUCAAUUUGGCGCCAGAGAGUCUUCUGGUGGCAGCUGGAUGAAUACAAGAAAGAAGGCUUCCAUUCCUACUGAUGCUGCGAAAAGACGAGUACAUGCUUAUGGCGAGAAGUCCUCCGGUCACUGGUUUACUGGUCAGGACGGAAGAAAGGUUUAUGUCAGUAAAAAUGGAAAUGAGUUGACCGGCCAGGUUGCUUACAGGCAAUAUAGGAAGGAUACUGGUGCUGGAUAUCGCAAGUCUCGGAAGAAAACUACAGCUAAAAAGAAAAGGAAGAGGUAAAAGUAAACUUACCGAGAAGAGAUUCAAGUUUGGAUCAAUCAUGGCUACUAGAGUCGCGCCAAAGAAUCUUGUACUUUUGUACAUUCCAAUUAAAGAGCUGUUAUGUAUUCUAGUGGCGUUAUUGCUUGUAACAAUUCCCAGCUGAGAUUUUCAAUAGCUAUUAUGUAAUGUUAUGAUACAAGAUUUUUUUAUUUUUCUUUGAAAAUAAUGAAGGCAAACUCUAUCGCACUAGAUUCUGUAUUUGUUUUGGUUCCUGAAUUAGGAUUCUGAUUGAUAAUCUAGUGAUACUUGGCUUAUAAA